AUGGUGGCCGAUGAUCCUCCCACCCCCCGCGUCACCCGGGCCACCGCCAAACGCACAGUCCAAUCACCUACCCCGCGUUCUCCUAGACGCAGCCGCGAGGCAACGCCCGUGGCCGGACUCGAUGACCCCACUCUCUUGAAUGCCGAAGACUCGGGACAGACUGAGCUUCCUACGAGCCAGACCGAGGCGAAGGCAGGGCCGAGUACACGCCAGGUCGAUGCCGAAGCCACAACGAGUGAAGCUGAGAGCGUGCUCUUCUCUGAGAAGACCACCGUGAUGCCGAACGAUGGCAUAGUCGUUGUCGAUGCUACUGCGCGUGAAACCCAUGAAGGCAUGGACGAGUACUUUAUGCUCGAAGACAAUGCGACGACGCGCAACUCUGCCGCCACUACGCAAGGCGAUCAAGAAUUCGUCCCCGAAACCACCUCCUCCAUGGCUCCCUUGGCUGUCGAUGAUCGUAUGGCCAUGCCUCCGCCAUCGCACACGCGGCCUCGGCGCUCGACUUCUAUCAAUGAUCCCUUCACUGCCUCCACAUCCGACUCGGGGAGACCUGAUCGCAUGACUAUGGUGCUCGAGAAGCAAAAGAAGCGGUCCUUUGCCGAGAUUGACUUGGACGAGUCCUCGCCAGUAGCAGAAGACGACGAGAUCAUGUCGGAUACAAGCUACCAUUCGGGAGAUAGUGCCGAUUUCGAGAUGGAGCAUCGUCCGGUACUGCAGAGAACAGCCAUCAAGAGGGACAUCAAGAACUUUACUGCGAGCUUGGAGUUGUUGACGCGGGGAUCUACAGAAGCAGGCAUGGAUAUCCCCUACAAAGUCGUUGACAGACUGGGUGAAGGUACCUUUUCAUCCGUCUAUCUUGCCCACGAUUGCUUGCAUCGCGUCUUUGACAACGAGUAUUGGCUGGGCUUGCCGAAUCUGAGAACAGAGGCACACAAUCAACGGCAAAUCAGAGUCGCACUUAAAAAGAUCCUGGUAACGAGUAGUGCGAUCAGAAUUGAGAAUGAGCUGGCCAUCUUGGAGAACCUUCGGGGCUGUCGUAACGUUUCGCAACUCAUAACGGCCUUCCGAGAGGAGGAUCAGGUCAUCAUUGUUCUCCCCUAUCACCAAAGUGACGAUUUCAGGCACUUUUUCAAACACAUGGAUCCAACCCACAUCAGAUCAUACAUGAGAGAUCUUUUGCGUUCGCUCAAGGAUAUACACAAGCGCGGUAUCAUCCAUCGUGAUGUCAAGCCUGCCAACUUUCUCUUUGACUAUGAGCACGAACAUGGUGUUUUGGUAGACUUUGGGCUCGCCGAGCGCUAUGUCCCACCCGCCGAACCCACCUGCCAACAUGCACCUGCAACCCUCACCUGUCUUCAUGGAUCCAAGAUCAAGACAGCCGAGACACCUGCAGUCGAGCAAGCUCUGUACGAUGCGCGCAAGAGAUCCAGGCUGGGAGAAGGUCGUGUCGGGUUUCCACAAGAGGACAAGAGGCCGACUAUCAGGACCAACAGGGCGGGGACCAGAGGGUUCAGAGCACCGGAGGUAUUGUUAAAGUGUCCAGACCAGACAGUCGCGCUGGACCUCUGGUCGGCUGGUGUGAUACUAUUCUCAAUUCUCACUCAGAAAUUCCCAGCAUUCAACUCGUCGGACGACAUUGAAGCCUUGAUGGAGAUUGCGGCCAUCUUUGGCAAGACGGCGCUCGAGCGUUGUGCUCUUUUACACAAUCGAACUAUAAUUUCCAACGUCCCCUCACUUGACCACCCUCCAGCAUCCAUCACCGAGCUCAUUUUGAAACUCAAUCCGCAUCUCUACACUCCCCACAGCCCCAACCCCACGUCUGCCGAAGCCAGAGAGCACAUUGAGGCGAUCGACGAUGCGCUUGACUUGGUCACCAAGCUGUUGCGAUUAGACGCUACCAAGCGGCUGACGGCUGCUCAAGCACUGAACCAUGCGUUCAUCGCUGGUGCUAUGGGGGAAUAUGGUAUAGAGGAAGAAGAUGAGGUAUUGCACCCGUCUGAAGGCAAGUGCGGGGAGUUGCACAUCUCGGAAGAGGGAGGGAGACACCAGGCGUACUUUCAUCCCGUGUUUCAAGAUUUGCAGUUUGGUCAAGGAGUCCCUCCCAGCCGAGAUUCUUUAUGCCCCGAGCACGAGCAUUACCAAGAUCGCUGGAGCUUCAAUCCUCUCGUCGCCAGAGGCGAUAUGCAAAAGAGCCUGGAAGGUGACGGUGAAGGUGCCUACUCUAGUGACGAAGAUUUCAUCGUCGAGCGUCCCUCACUUCCCCGCUCUGCGUCAAAGCGAGAAGGCGACAGGACCUUGAAAGAGCGUGACGUAAAUUCGCAACAGGGGAGGAGUGUACGAGGAAAGGGCAUUGGGGAGGAGUGGGUAGAGAUAUGA